AUGCUCAACCUGCAUAUAUUUAUUCUACAGACCAAGAUGUACCAAGUAAUGAAAGAAGAAUCCGAUUAUGGUACCAACGGCAGUGAUAGCAUCAAACUCCUGGACCAAAGGAGCAAAAAAAUUCCCAUGAAACUAUUCAAUGUGCCUUGCCAUGCUGAGCAGAUCCUUCAGACCCUCAACUCCUAUCGGCAGGAUGGCAUCUUCACCGAUGUGGUGCUGGUGAUGGGCGGGCAGAGAUUUCCUUGCCACCGGGCCACCUUGUCUGCCAACAGUACCUAUUUCCGGGCCAUGUUUGCUGGGAGGCUCGAGGAAGGCUGCCAAGGCAUUGCCAACCUUCAAGCCAUGUCUGCUCCUAGCAUGAGCCUCAUCCUGGAUUAUAUGUACGGUGAGGAUGUAUUCAUCCAAGAGGACAAUGUAGAAGGCCUCCUUGAGCUGUCCAACUUGCUCCAGAUCCCCAGACUCAAGGAUGCCUGUGUCGCCUUCUUGGAAAGACAGCUUCACCCUCGCAACUGCUUGGGCAUCAUGAGGUUUGCCAACUCCUUCUCCAUCUCUUCUCUGGUUGAGAAGAGCAAGAGAUUGGUCCUGGAAGGGUUUGUGGAGGUGUCUCAUCAUGAGGAAUUUCUCGAGCUUGAUGCCAAGGAACUCGGAACAUGUCUCUCGAGUGACUGGCUGGUGGUCCCUAAAGAGGAGGUGGUCUUGGAAGCCCUCAUGCAAUGGGUCCGCCAUGACGUGGCUUCCAGGAGAGGGGCUCUGAAGGACCUUCUGAAACAUGUGCGACUCCCACUCUUGGACCCUCUGUACUUCCUGGAGAAGGUGGAAGUGGACGCAGUCAUCCAUCAGUCCAAAGAGUGUCUCCCAUUGCUGCAAGAAGCUCGCAAAUAUUACAUCCUGGGAACAGAGGUCAACUCUCAACGAUGUAGACCCAGAAGAUUCAUGGAAUUAGCCGAGAUGAUCGUUGUGAUCGGAGGCUGUGACAAGAAAGGCUUUUUGAAGCUCCCUUUUGUGGAUAUCUUCCACCCAGAGAGCGGCCAGUGGAAGCCACUCCCCAACUUGCCUGGAUAUACCAAGUCGGAGUUUGCAACCUGUACCCUGAAGAAUGAUGUCUACAUCUCAGGAGGCCAUAUCAACACCCGAGAUGUCUGGCUACUGAGCUCCCGGCUGAACGUCUGGCUCAAGGUUGCCUGCUUGCAGAAGGGCCGAUGGAGGCACAAAAUGACUGCUCUCUGUGGAAAGAUCUAUGCCGUGGGUGGCUAUGAUGGCGUCUACCGCCUGGCCAGCGUGGAAUGCUACGACUCCUUCUUGAAUUGCUGGACGACUGUGACUCCUUUGCCUCUGGCUGUGAGUUCGGCUGCAGUGGUCUCCUGCCUUGGCCAGCUCUAUGUGAUUGGGGGUGCUCUGGAUGACACUGCCAACACAGACAAGGUCCAGUGCUAUGACCCGAAGGAAAACCAGUGGAGGAUUUUGUCCCCUGCCCCUUUCAGUCAGCGAUGCAUCAACGCUGUCAGUUUGGACAACUUGAUUUAUGUCGUGGGUGGGCUCUUGAGUCAUUGCUUCAGCUACAAUCCCUUGAAUGAUACGUGGACCAGAAUGGCAUCUUUGUCUGCACCUCUAGAGAGCUGUGGAGUCACCGUCUGCCAUGGCAAGAUCUUCAUCCUGGGAGGCAGAGACGAGAAUGGGCAAGGCACCAACAAGGUCUUGGCUUUGAAUGUGGAGACAGGCACGCUGGAGCCACAGCCCCCUCUGCAGCGCUGCACCAGUUAUCAUGGAUGUGGGACCAUUCUGAGGCACACGAAUAGAUGAUAUGGCACCUGUGGGCCUCCUUCCCUCUUCCCCAUGACACUCCCAACCCAUCUCGAAAGGACACUGAGUUGGGAUGCUCCCUUCCCU